AGCCAUCUCAGAUGGGUCCAGAGACCAAUGGCCCGCCGGGGUAGGCUACAUCUUGGUGUUGUCGAAUCAUGUCGGGAAAGACGACGAGCGAGGGAAGCUACAAAAGUUGAGCGUGGGAAAUAAAAAGGAAUAGCGAGCGAAAAUUGACAAGGCUGAGAUCGAUAACGACGCAGAAUGGUACCCGAAAGAUGACCGGGGCCGCAGGUUUCUGAAAGCAACCAAAAACAAGUCUGUGGCGUCCCCAAUGGAGGUGAACUCCGAGGUGAAGGUAAAUAAAGGAAGGCUUGUGAUCAGCGCAAUAAAGAAUGACCGCCCAAGAAGAGCGAGAAGGAGGAGUCCAAGACGACGGCUGUGCGAUCCAAGACGCAGCAGGUUCUCGGGAACACUACUAGCGACGGCACCACGUUGGAGAAAUGGAUGCUGGACUGGUACACCACAUGUCUUCAGGACUUUCCAACCGAAUCACGAGGGCAAUUCCUGGACGUUCGAGGACAGCAUGGCGCCCAAAGCUACGCUGUGGUCCCUGAAUUGGCUGAACAAAAGCAUCGGUGCGACAUACGCCCGCCUCGACGGUUCGCUAGCCCACGAUGGCUUGGCCACGAUCGAUAAGAUUCUCUUCCGGAUGGGACCGCUGCCGACGACCAAGCCCUCAAAAAAACUGGUCACUCUCCUUCUCCACGUCAAAGGGCGCCUUUGUCACCCAGUUUUCCAAAGAAGAAAAGCCAACAUCGGGAUGGGUACUACAUUCGAGAUGGGUGUCAGUCAUCACAUCCCAGGCCAGAUCUUCAGCCUCGACACGAAGGACCCGAGCGUGACGCUCAUCAAGGGUCCUCACACACUCGGUGACCUCUGGGACUUCCUUGGGUAUACCGGACUCCCUCAAUGGGUUUACAACUUGUUCGCCAAGGUGCCCCUAACGCUCGACCAAAGCGCACCCGCGCCCCGCAACCUCUUCAUCUUCCAACCACAGACCAUUAGGGUGGACUGCUAUACGACUGCAGAGCCAAGUGCCUCUCGAGGACGACGGCAACAAGGGCUUGAUAGAUGUGGUGUCCCAGUGGCUCGGGAAGGCCACCACAGUCCAUGGGGUUGUCGUGAUCGGUACCAAGACCAUGGCCGUUGUCCGCUUUGGUGCCGGAAACUCCAUUCAGAUCCCCAGCUCCAUGUAAAUCAAGGUUGCGCUUUCGUGGACCAUCGCGAAAGCCUCGACAGACCCAGGCUUGGACAGCUGGCAGACGCUCGACUACGACCUCAUUCUGGGUUUGCACGACGGAGGAUGCGACAUCAUAAUCCUACUGGCCGACGGUGUCGACUUCCACAAUCUCCCGGCCUGGGUCGGCGACACUAUCAAGGCCAAAUCAGGCGGCGGAGAGAGUAUAAUACUCUUGGAUCUCGAGAAUGCACUCAAGGGCGCCAUCAAACUUCUAGCGUCCGAAAUCGUCCCGGCCGGCUCACCAUCAACCUCAGCGUCGACGACAAAGUCACCGGCUUUUGGCUCGAUAUCGAGUUGCCGCUCAAGUUUGGUGGGCCAGACGGGGAAACAGCAGCGUUGGCAGCGUCCUUCAUUUUGAUACAAGGUUGUCUUCUCCUCCAUCGUGAGCUCUGGGACCAGAAAAUGGCGAAAAGCGCCAGCCCCGUCACCUCGGAGCCCGACGGUACCAUCCCUCUGCAGCUCAGCCCUUUUCGCGAGGCGUUUCUCGAGCCGGUGGCUAGGACAGCCACAAUUGACUACCUUUGACCUAGCAAACUUGCACCUGGGCAAGCUGAAGAAGAAGCUCUCGGUCCACAUCAGCGCCGACGUGUCGCUGUGGAGCCCGCCCAUG